CACAUUUUUGUAGUUAGCGGACUUACACUUCUGCGACCAUCCGUUUGAUCUGCUAUGAAACGCUUUCGCCGACAGAAACAUAAACUGAUAGAGCUUUUCCUUUAUCUUACGGUGCUCCAAGCCGGAGUGGUAGAGACCUCAGUUGACUCGUUACCAUGUGAAGCUGAAGAGGAGGAUCCUGACGAGGAAAAUCCUAUGGACAACCUCUCCUGUCCAUUUGCAGACGAACUGCAGUGUAUUUCUGUGUCUGAGCUUUGUAAUGGUGCAAAUGUCUGUAUUGGAGAUUAUGACGAGGGUGGACCUAGUGAUGAUGAGGAAGGGAUCCCAGGAUCUGGUGGAAUUCCCACAACUGUUAUGCUGGAAUGCAGUAACAGGACAUUUCAGUGCUCUUCAACUGAGGAGAAUUACCUUCUCAUUGAUGCUCUGUGUAACGGUGUCAAAGACUGUGAGAAUGGAGAGGAUGAGACCAAUGUUCUCUGUGAGAACAAGUGUCUCAUGCCAUACUACGGAGGAUGUCCCUACAAUAGGGAAUGCAUUCCGUCUGAGACUGGUGUCAGUUGUGGCGACUGUCUACCAGGGUUUAUUGAGUAUUCAGACGGAGUAUGCAUAGUGAGAGCUGAAUUUGAUCAAAAUAACUAUUAUGGAAGUGCAAUGGAUGGAGUCACCCAAGACAUAUGUGUAAUUUUAGGUCUUCAGCAAACCCAGUUCGAUUUGGGAGAGGGUGCUUUACCGCCUAUCCAUGCAUCUAUCAUUACAUAUGAUUCUUUCGGUAGAGAACCCCAAGGUAUAACUCUAACUAUGGCAUUAUGCUUAAUUCUGUUUACAUUAAUUUCUAUUGCAGGACUAAUAAACUCCAGUUUGUACUUUGUUAUCAGAACAAAUCAAACACAGUACUGCUUUCGCUCUCAGAUAGUUUUGGCCAUGUUUACUGCUCCAGUAGAUAGAUACAGGAUUGUUCUGACUGUUACUACUCUAGGCGUGCGCUAUGUUGAAGUUUCGAGACUGUUAAUAUAUGAGACCAUAUCUUACGAUGUCGCUGCUGUCUUCUAUCCUAAUACCUUGACUGUGAGAGAGGAUGCAGGAAGGAGACUAAGAGUUUGCAUUUCACUUGUGUCUAGCAAUUCAUUUGAGAGUCCACUAAUUGAAGUGAGCAGAGUGUCUAUAGUGAUAUUGAAUGACACAUCGUCCUCAUUAGAUUACGAAGGAAUGGAUGAGACUCUCACCUAUUCUAAGGCUAAGGAUCAGUUUGUUACAAAUAGUUCCUCUCAAUCAACUUACAUGGAAUGUUUCCGUUUGAAAGUUGCCAAUAAUGACCGUGUGGAGGAAAUAAGACUGUAGUACUGGGUCUUGCAAGCCCAACUGGUGUCAUAACACUGAGUCCUGAGAGAGCAGAUUCCCAAGCUACAAUCACGAUUGUUGAUGAUGAUCAUUACGUUACGGUCACUCAAGAGCAUAGCAGGUAUAAUGUGUCAGAGAAUAGAUUAUCAGUAGUGGUGUGUGGUGUGCUAAACACAUCAGACAUCAUUGAAUGUGCUGUAAACUACGAGUUUGAAGUCUCACUCAACCUUCGAGACAUGAGUGCUGAAUACCGGAAUGACUACGGACAUUCUCCAGUAUAUCUGAGGUUCAGUGCUUGUCAGAAUAAGGCAUGUGCAGAUAUAUCAAUUGUGAAUGACAACAUUACUGAGUACGAUGAAUCCUUUGGCAUUGUACUGGAGAGGACCCCGAACCUUGACAGUAGGAUUAGUCUCAGUCCUGAGUCGGCAGUUGUCACCAUCAUGGAUGAUGACGGUAUGGUGAUUGGCUUUAGUUCUAAAGAAUACACAACAACUGAGUCUCUUGGAGAGGUAUCUGUUUGUGUUAAGAUCCUAAACUCAUUUAAUGGAGAGGCUUUAGAGCCAUUCACGAUUGCUCUACUACCUGAUGAAGGGUUUGAGACGGCAAAUGCAGUUAAAGACUGUUACAAGACAAUAGAGUUUGUGAUUGGAGCAUCAGUGGAGUGUCACAAUUACAGCAUUAAGGAUGAUAACAUGUGUGAACUAGGAAUACCUCAACAAGGCUUUCAGAUCAGACUUGCAAUAAUUGCUACUGGAAAAGAGCAAUAAGGAUAGAUUCAAAACGUUCUAUUGCAACUAUUGUCAUUGACGAUACUUCAGAAAUGGAGUGCUUCGUGAGGGUUGGGUUUGAAGAACCCAGUGUCGUCAGCCUUUCUGAGAAGUAUAAGUCUGUUGAAGUUUGUGUGAACAGCACAUCUCCUGGAAUAGAGGAGCAGUUUUUCAUCAACAUCACGUCUCAUAAUGCCAAAAAAUUUUUAAUGGCACCUAUACCAGGAAGACUGUAUUUUGAGGUUAAUCAAACAAACUUGACUGAUAUUCAGUGUUUCGACCUGUCUGUUGAUUUUACCUCAAGUGCCCUCUGUCAAUAUUUCCCCAACUGCACUAAAAGUAAAUUUUCUUUAUCACUGGGAGAGCACAACGAAAGCAACCGUGUUUUCAUUGAUGUGGAUAAAUCAACAAUGGAUGUUGAUGUUCAAAUGCCAGAAAGAUGUGGAUGUUCAGCACAAAUAUCUUCAUCAAAUUCGUCUCUAAAUGGUGCAACUGUUGCAGCAAUUGUACUAGUAACAUUGCUUGUCCUAUUAGCUAUUAUUGUAAUUGUUAUGCUGUAUAGGAGAUGGAGACAAUAUAAUCAGCAAAGAGCUGUUGCUGUUGCUCAUGAUGCUGUAAUUUCAAACGUUUAUGAUACUCUGGGUGAAAGCAGCCAGUCAAUCAGACUCCAACACCUGCGAGAAGAGCUACAAAAUAAGAAUAUGAUCUAUUCAAAAGAUCAAAUACAGUUAUCCACGACUGUGGGACAAGGGGAGUCUGGGCUGGUUUACAAAGCCUAUAUCAAAAGUGCAGUUGGAAACAAACUUGUUGCAGUAAAAACAGGAAAAGCACUAUUCUCUACUGUUGAUCUGGAGAGACUGGCAAGGGAGGUGUCUACAAUGUUGUCGUUCGAGCACACUAAUGUGAUGUCUCUUAUUGGAGUGUGCAUUGAUAGAGAAAUGCCCCUCCUUAUCAUGCCAUUCAUGAUUAAUGGAAGUAUUUUACACUAUGUCAAACGUCACAAGGAGAAACUGCUGUUUGUGAAUGAAUGUGCGAAGGAAAAGAUGGAAGAAGCCCGUAGAAUUAUGCUAAAUAUGGCAUACCACAUCACCAAGGGGAUGGAGUACCUCUCAGGACACAAGUUUGUUCAUCGUGACUUGGCAGCAAGGAACUGCAUGAUCGAUGAAAAGGGAAUCGUAAAAGUUGCUGAUUUUGGACUAACAGAAGAUAUGUACUGCAGAAAGUACUUUCGUCGAGACAAGAGUGAACCUGGCGGUGAAGAGAAAGUCCCCAUUAGAUGGAUGGCUCCUGAGAGCAUCAAGAAUGACAUCUACAAUGAGGCUACUGAUGUUUGGUCAUUUGGUGUGACAAUGUGGGAAAUAUUUACAUGUGGGAAUGUGCCCUAUAAUGGAAUACAUGCCAUGGGCAUCCUCCCAGAGCUGGAGAGAGGAGCCGUUCUGGAGAUCCCUGACAAUAAAGCCUGCAGUGAUGACAUAUACCAAGUUAUGAGUUCAUGCUGGAAGUUGGAUGCAGCUAUGCGUCCCAGGUUCAGCGGACUGGUUACUACAAUAAACUGUUUACUGGAAAAGGAUUCUGGCUAUCUGGAGCUUCUAAACCUACCCAGUUUUGAAGCCUCAAGUUUACCAUUUAUUGGUAAG